AAAAACAAAUGGUGCACCAAUUCGAUAAAGACAGCCAACUCAAAAGCAGUCUUCUAAAUAUUCACCACUGUCGCAGACCUCUCUCUCUCUCUCUCUCUCUCUCACACCAGUUCUUGCAUUCCCCUCAAGCCACUCUUCCCAUUAAACACAUACACACAUAUAGAUAUAUAUACAUACAUAGUAUAGCUGCAAAGUAGGUAUAUUGUAGAGAUAUACAGUGCAAAUAAGAAUGAUGGGGAAUGGAGAUGUGGAGAGGGGUAGUGGGGCGCCCAAGAACAGAAACCAGAGCUACCCACAAACUUACUAUGCAGGAGGAGCAUAUGAGAUGGGGUAUUCAGACAGUCAGUGGACUUCAUGGCUGGUGCCCAUGAUUGUUGUGGCAAACGUUGCCAUGUUUGUGGUCAUCAUGUUUGUCAAUAAUUGUCCCAAGAAUCAUAAUGGGCUUCAAGGGAAUUGUGUGGCGAGGUUUCUUGGGAGGCUCUCUUUUCAGCCCCUCAGGGAAAACCCUCUCUUUGGCCCCUCUUCCUCAACACUGGAAAAACUGGGAGCUCUUCAAUGGGACAAGAUAGUGCACCACAAUCAAUCCUGGAGGCUCAUUACUUGUAUAUGGCUGCAUGCUGGUGUUAUUCAUUUACUUGCUAACAUGCUGAGCUUGGUGUUCAUUGGAAUUCGCCUAGAGCAGCAGUUUGGGUUCAUUCGAGUCGGGGUAAUUUACCUGUUGUCGGGUAUUGGUGGGAGCAUACUCUCUUCCCUUUUCAUUCAAAGGAGCAUCUCUGUCGGAGCUUCUGGUGCUCUGUUCGGACUUCUUGGAGCUAUGUUGUCGGAGUUAUUCACCAAUUGGACUAUUUACACAAACAAGGCUGCAGCUCUGUUUACUCUGAUUGUGAUCAUCGCAAUUAACCUGGCCGUUGGAAUUCUUCCACAUGUCGACAACUUUGCUCAUAUCGGAGGGUUUUUGACCGGCUUCCUCCUCGGCUUUGUACUACUGGUCCGACCCCAGUUUGGUUGGCUGGAAAGCCGCCAUCGUCCGGCUGCUACUCGGCUGAAGUCCAAGUACACAGUUUACCAAUACGUUUUCUGGAUUGCAGCCACUAUUCUGUUGAUCGUCGGAUUUACGGUGGGACUGGUGAUGCUGUUUAAGGGAGAAAACGCAAACGACAAAUGUAGCUGGUGUCAUUUCCUAAGCUGUGUGCCGACAUCAAGAUGGAGCUGUAACAACUGAUCUAUUUCAAUUUCGACACGAUUCAAUGCUUUGUUUCUAUACUUUUUGCCAUCUUGUUGACUCUGCCGGUUUGUGUUUUUCGACAUAGAAAAUUAUCAUUAUUUUUAUGUCCUAACAUGUCAUAUGCUUUCUCGUGUACAUGCAUAGUAAGUAUAGAUAUUGAUAUGUUUGCCGAUGUUGUAUUCAACAUAUCAAGAAUGUGUAUUCUAAGGUUGUUUUUGUAUUGAUUCCUCCAGACUUUUGCUCUGUAUAUGUGAAAAUAAAAUUACUUUUAUCCCUUCA